AGAAGCACAUGGAGAAGAAGAAGAAGAAGACAGGCGCAAAAAGGUCCUAUGUGAUUGGUGCGAACGGAGUGUUUCCGCCGCCUCGGGCCAUCAGAAAGACCUCUCCCCCUCUCCCUGUGUGAAAUAGUCCCGCACUGCCUGAACUCUGUCGUCCCGUGGAAAAGGACUUAUCCGAGGUUCGGUUGUCUCGACCCGGCUGUGGAGCUGUGUGUGAGAGAGGAGGCAGCCGGAGCUCCCACAGUCUUUGUCCCAGCCUCCACCGCUCAGCUCCACAAUGUCUGAACUUUUUAUGGAGUGUGUCGAGGAGGAACUGGAGCCGUGGCAGAAACAAGCUCAUGAAGUUCAAAUGAUUGAGGAUGAUGAUGAUGAUGAACCCAUCUUCGUCGGAGUGCUCUCUAACAACCAAAAGAGCAGUAAGCCGCUGCCCCAACCUCGUCAGGCGAGCAGUGCAGGAAUACAAGAAAUGAAGCGUCCUGAUCCUCAGCCUUCCAUUAGCUCCUCACGAAUAAUGGUGCCACUGAAUAUCACUGGAAAUACAGUGACUACUGCAACACCCACUCUGGCACCUGCCACGCAACAACCUGUCAUUGUAAAUAACCAGGGCUUUAUUGUCACUUCUCCGCAAUUAGUGAACAACCCUGGGUUCAUUGCCUCUCUUGGUCGGCAGUACCCCCCUGGGACUUCAUUUGCAAUCGUAGCAGCUGGUCAGCAGCAGAUCUUUCAGCAGGUCAGUCAAGGCACAAUCAUACCCAGUGCUGUCCACAGGCCUCAGGUGCAACAAAUCAGCAACAACAUUGUGACGUUGUCUAAUGUCCAGAGUCCCACUGUGUACUCAACACAACUAAAUCAACUGAAACCCAACCAGCAGAUCGCUCUUCAGACCUUCUCUGUGCCUACAAAGGCCAAUAACACAGAUCAAAUACCAGUCAAACGCGGAUUGAUACUGCAGCAAACUGACAGUGUAGGAAAAAAAGCAAAGCUCAAUUUGGAUGCAUCAGGCACACUGGAAAACGGCAUCAAUACAAAAUGCCCCAAGUGUCAUGAAGAAUUCACAAUGCCAGAAGCUUUGAAAUUUCAUAUGAUGAAUUGCUGUAUAAAGGUUGAAAGUACAGCUCCAUCAACCGUGAACUCGGGAGUAAACAAGCGCAUCAUGCUGGUCUCUGAGUUCUAUUACGGCCACUUUGAGGGAGAUGGGAGCAAUAUGGAGGUGCAGAAGACCAACGGCACUUUCAAGUGCCAGAGCUGUUUGAAAACUCUCAAGAACAAUAUCAGGUUCAUGAACCAUAUGAAACAUCACCUGGAGCUGGAGAAGCAGAACAGUGAGAGCUGGGAAAGUUACACGACCUGCCAGCACUGCUACCGGCAGUACAUGACUCCGUUCCAGCUGCAGUGCCACAUCGAGAGCGCUCACAGCUCCAUGGAAUCCUCAACCAUUUGCAAAAUAUGUGAGCUGGCGUUUGAGUCUGAGCAGGUGCUCCUGGAACACAUGAAGGAUAACCACAAGCCCGGGGAAAUGCCUUAUGUCUGCCAGGUGUGCAAUUACAGGUCGUCUUUCUUCUCCGAUGUGGAGACACAUUUCCGAACUGUCCACGAAAACACGAAAGACCUGCUCUGUCCCUUCUGUCUCCGAGUUCUCAAAACGAGUCAUAUGUACAUGCAGCACUACAUGAAACAUCAGAAAAAAGGGAUCCAUCGCUGUGGAAAAUGCAGACUGAACUUCCUCACCUACAAGGAGAAAUUAGAGCACAGGACUCACUUCCACAAGACUUUCAGAAAACCUAAAGCCCUGGAGGGUCUUCCUCCGGGUACCAAGGUGACCAUUAGAGCCUCCGUUUCAGGAAAGACGCCUCUAGCAUCCACCUCCCCUGAGCGAUCCACCGUUACCGUCACUCCAGGAAUAACGUGCGUCACUUCGCCUGCCGGCUCUCUAGUCAGUGUAUCCAAGGCAAAGUCUAACGUGGCCGGACUUGCAAAAGGCAAAAUGACUCAGAGCAAGAAGAAAGAGCCUCGACCUUCCAAGCUCAACGUGGCCCUCAGGAAUCUCAGAAUUAAUCAGGGGAGUCACACGUGCAUCGAGUGCAACGCAAAAAUCAACGACCUAUUUUCUCAUUUCCCAAUGGUUUCCAAUUGUGGUGCGUGCAAAUAUCAGACAAGUUGCAAAGUUGCCAUCGGGAAUCACAUGAUCAGGUACCACAGCACCAUCACCAAAAAUAGAUUUUUGAGGAAGGAAAGUAAGAAAAAUGCAUCCAAACUGAAAUUAACUAUCGUCUGUCUCAACUGCGACCUCCUCAUGGAUGCAUCGAUUGGCGGUGACCUGAUGAGCAAACAUUUAAAUGAUCGACCAAAUCACAUAUGCAAAGUCAUUCAGGAGAAAGCAGACGUUAAAAACAAAGAUCGAGCGCAAUACGUCUUGGAGCAGCCCCCAAAAACCGUGUACCUCACGGCGACACCUUUUCCUCCGACACCAAAGGAAACGGACAUCAAACUAGAGGAAAAGGUCUCACCUAAAAGUUUUACUGUAGCUGCUGUUGAUCAACCACAGCCAAUUUUACCAACAGUUGAUCGGGAAAAGGGCUCCACAGGAUUAAGUCUCGAUGAAGAUGGAAAGCCGACAUUACCGCCGACUUCGUCUUCCCCGACAUCAGAUGGGGCUUUCGAUGUGCCGGUGGGAGAUGAGCCAGUGGGUGACUCAGAGAGCGCAGGUGUCCCUGAGCAUGAGACUGGGGAACUGCAAAUUAAAUGCGAAUGAAACACAAUUACAAAGCAAUGCACAUAACAAACUAGAAUUAUGACCUCCUAAACAACCAGUUCAUCAGCCACACCUCAGCUUUGUCAUUCUUUUUACAAACAUACAUGCUCCGGCUGCAGGUAUUUACUACAACUACAGAUUCCUACAUUAGGAAAGUCAGUUUCAACAGUUGGAUAAUAUAUUAAUCUCCUCUGUAGACCUUCCUUUUGCUGAAAUAUAUGUAGAUAAAUAAAUAAAAACAUCCCCUGUAAUUUGUUUAGCCCCUGAAAACGGUUAGAAAACAUCAUUCUGCAUUUUUGGACUAUCGUAGACCUCUGUCAGCUGCUCAUUGACUUAAAUUCAGUUUGUAUUUCUUUAAAAGUCUUACUAUCCUUAAGGAAACUCCAACCGCUAAAGAAUGGUAGGUAGUAUGGGGCUCUGCUCCUGAUCCCCAGUGUCAGAUUUCAAUGUGUUUUACUGAGAAAGAUGAAAAAACACAUUUGCCAAUGAUGUGACAAAUCUGCCAAAUUUCCCUGACAAACAUUCUCAGUUAAAAUCUCUGUCGUUCCUUUAAACUACACAAAAUAAUAUUGCAUUUGAUGUAGUUUGAGCCCAAUUUCUGUCGCAGACAGUUUUGAGCUGGUAACUUGAUUUAAGUUUUAGAUUUAUAUCUUUCUUGAAUCUUUGGUUUUCUAUCAUUAUGUAAUGUGUAGAUUUAUUUUGUGAUCUAAUAAGAAAGCUGUUAUAUUUAUAUUGAAUAUGAGGUUGUAUUAUCGAAAACAUACAUUGUCACUGAAAAUCAUUAAAUAAUUAAAAGCAAAUUCCUGAUGUCUGCCAGAAAUAUUUGUCUAAACUUUAUCAGGGGUUAAGGGGUGAACUUAAAAGAUUGUUCUAUGUUGACACACAGAAAGCAACUUUAAGGAAUACAGCAGUACAUGAGUAUAAAAUCAAAAAAAAAACUCAUUCCAUAAAGAGAAGGAACAAAAGUGGACGUGGGACGGACAGUCGAUUUUAUUGUUUUACUUUUAACUUUGUUCAGAGCGCCAGCCUGUAAAACAAAUAUCUAAACAUUGUCUUGGCUGCAGGUACACCUAUUUGUUCCAUGUCCCGGCCUCCUUUUUAUUCUGCAUUAAGUGGGAAAAAAAGUUCCCUGUGGUGCUGGGAAUAUUUCCUCAGAUGUGGUUUGUUUACUUUGUGUGGCUUAAAGUGUUAAGAUAUUCUUUAUGUCAUAGGUUUUUCAUACGGGUUUUUACUAGUGCAUAUAGUAUCUUUAGAGCAAGUCUGUAAAUGCAUUUAUGUCUGAGGGGAAUGUAAAUGUAACUACCCUUCCCUGAGUCUGUUUAGUACAUGCCUCUAAAUGUAUAUUGUUUCCCCCUUAGGACACAUUUUUUUCUGAGAUGUAUAAACCACUGGGAUUGGAUCAGUGUGAUUCUGUUUGUUUUGUAAAUAAAUCUUUAAUACAAAGGGU